CACCGCCCCUUUCACUUUUUUGCACAAAAAAUCUUUCUCCGUGGCUUGUUCCUAAGUUAGACCGUCCAUUUCUGGCGAUGACAGCCUAGAAAUGACAGAAGGGCCUCUUCAGUAAAUUUCCCUAAACAGUGUUGGGUCAUAAUAACUCUCAAGAUUUCUUUAACAAUUAUUAUUAUCACAGGAGGGAGGGGAGGGGGAGGAGAGGAGAGGAGAAUUAGGAAAAUGGUGGAUUAGCUGGAAAUGGGCGGGAUUACCGGAGGUCAAACGAAUCCCACAACCGGCGCCGGACCCUGUUCAGUCCCUGUCGGACCCGAUCCAAUACUCCAGACCCGACCCGGAAAAAACAUUUGUAGCAGCUCCGACCAGUGUGACACUUCAACUUUCCAUCACUGUCUGUCCCAUUAGGAAAAAGAGAAAAUCAAGCCUUUUCUUUCUCUCUCUGUUUUUUUUUCUUCUUCUUCUAAUACUCGAGCAGAAAGAAGAAGCGGAGUAGUUGUUGUUGGUAGUCCACUGUAGGUGGGUUUGCUUUCUCUCGCUCUCUCUCUCUCCUCGCACAGUCACAGACCAGGACCCCCUUUCUCUCUCUCUCUAGAAUUAUUUAUUUUUUUGUAUUAAGAAUUGUAAUUUAAAUGGGUUUUUCAUUUUCUCUCUGAUUUGUCAACUGAGGGAGGGAGAGAGAGAGAGAGAGAAAAGGCAGAGAAAGCAAGCGAAAGUGGAAAACUGAUUUGUCUGCCUCCCCCAACAUUUUCAGUGAAAGAUUCAAAAGCGUGUGGAUUUGAGUUAACAACAGACCCACGUAAAAAAAAAAACGACCGAAGACGGAUUGGGAGGUUAAGAAAAAUGGGAUCUUUAUGAGAGCCAUGGUGGAUCAAAGGAGCAUAGUAUGGUGUUUCUUGUUGUUGUGGGCGGCGUUGGUGUUUGAGCCCACAUUUCAGCAACCGAGUCAGCAGCCACUGAGUUCACACGCCGACCGAGUUGCUCUGGUUCAGCUCAGAUCGUCUUUGGGUUUGAGGGGCAGGGACUGGCCCAUUAAGUCAGACCCUUGCUUCGUUUGGAAGGGUGUUGAAUGCAGUAAUGGUAGAGUUGUCGGGAUUAACGUUUCUGGGUUUAGAAGAACUAGACUUGGGAGUCAAAACCCACAAUUCUCAGUCGAUGCUUUGGCCAAUUUGACCCUUUUGAGUUCUUUCAAUGCCUCCAAUUUCUUGCUUCCGGGUUCCAUUCCUGACUGGUUUGGCCAGAGGCUCGGGUCUCUGCGUGUUCUUGAUCUCACUUCUUGUUCUGUGAAUGGUCCUAUUCCAUUGAGUCUUGGAAAUUCUACCAAUCUGACUGGUCUGUCUUUGUCUCGUAAUAACCUUAAUGGGACAAUUCCUGCUAGUUUGAGCAACUUGGUAAGCCUUUUGGUCCUUGACCUCUCUCAAAAUCGGCUUACUGGAUCCAUUCCCACAUCUUUCGGGAAUCUUGGGAACCUUUCUGUUCUUGACAUUUCUGGGAAUUUCUUAACCGGGUCAAUUCCUCCGGGCAUUGGGAACCUCUUGAAGCUUCAAUCUCUGAAUCUUUCCAGCAACAUGUUGUCUUCUUCCAUUCCUCCUCAACUUGGGGGCCUUGAUACCUUGGUUGACCUUGAUCUCAGCUCCAAUCUAUUGGUAGGUCUGCUGCCUUCGGGUUUGAGUAACUUGCAGAGAAUUGUAGUUGCGGACAAUUUUCUCAGUGGUUCUGUGGAUGUGCUCUGGUCAAUGCCUCAAUUGAGUUUUCUUGAUGUGGCUGGAAACAAUUUCACUGGUUUGCUGCCCAAUUCCAGCUCGAAUGCUAAUGCCACUGCAGCAGUAUUCAAUAUUUCUCAAAAUUCGUUUUAUGGGCCUAUUACACCAUUAGUUGGAAAGUUUGGUGUCAUUGAUCUUUCAGGAAACUAUUUUGAAGGUGAGAUACCAGGUUAUGUUGGCACCAAUGCAUCUCUUGACAGCAAUUGUCUCCAAAAUUUGAAGAAUCAGAGGACUUUGGCAGAAUGUUCAUCGUUUUAUGCUAAUAGGGGUUUGAGUUUUGAUAAUUUUGGGCAGCCAAACUCUACACAACCUCCUGCAGCCGCACCACCUGGGAAGAAAAGUAAUAAAAAUGUGAUCAUAUUGGCAUCAGUUUUAGGAGGAGUUGGUUUGAUUGUGGUUUUGGUCUUGUUUUUAGUAAUAGUAGUCCUAUGUUCACGCAAGCGGGGAGCUACAACUCAAAGGGGGGUUGGUGUGGGGUCAGUUCCUGCAGGCAGCAGUCCCCCACCAGCUGGAGCAUCGGUUAACUUUUCUAGCGUAGGAGAUGCAUUCACAUAUCAGCAGCUGCUUCAAGCUACAGGUGACUUCAACAAUACAAACUUAAUGAAAAAUGGCCACACAGGGGAUCUCUUCAGGGGUGUCUUGGAAAAUGGGAUCCCUGUGGUUAUUAAAAGGAUUGAUUUACGUUCGAUUAAAAAGGAAGCAUACCUGCUGGAGUUGGAUUUCUUUAGUAAGGUGUCAAGUACAAGAUUUGUUCCCUUUCUGGGACACUGUUUAGAGAAUGAGAACGAGAAGUUCAUGGUGUACAAAUACAUGCCAAAUGGGGACCUAUCAAGUUCUCUGUACAAGAAAACCAACACCCUGGAUGAUACUUUACAGUCAUUGGAUUGGAUUACUAGAUUAAAGAUUGCAUUAGGUGCUGCGGAGGGUCUCACCUAUCUGCAUCAUGAGUGCGAUCCACCCCUCGUGCACAGAGAUGUGCAAGCAAGCAGUGUCCUUCUUGAUGAUAAAUUUGAAGUGCGGCUAGGAAGCCUGAGUGAUGUCUGUGCUCAAGAAGGAGAUACUCAUCAAAGCAGGAUUACUAGGUUGCUGCGGUUGCCACAGUCAUCCGAACAAGGUGCUUCUGGUUCAUCGACAGCAUCAUGUGCCUAUGAUGUUUAUUGUUUCGGGAAGGUAUUACUUGAACUGGUAACAGGUAAAUUGGGCAUCAGUGCUUCCAGUGAAUCCCAAUUGAAGGAAUCGUUAGAUGACAUACUUCCCUACAUCAGUAUAUAUGACAAGGAACUUGUGACAAAAAUUGUGGAUCCAUCUUUGAUUGUGGAUGAGGACUUAUUAGAGGAAGUGUGGGCUAUGGCCGUCGUGGCCAGGUCCUGCCUAAAUCCCAAGCCCUCAAGGCGCCCGCUAAUGAGAUAUAUUCUCAAGGCUUUGGAAAACCCUGUUAAGGUAGUAAGGGAAGAGAGUACUGGCUCUGCAAGGCUGAGAAAAGCUUCUUCUCGAGGGUCUUGGAAUGCUGCUGUCUUUGGUAGCUGGCGCAGCACAUCUGAGGUAGUGGUUAUUCCAGGAGCCUCAGGUACCAAAGCUGAAGGAGUGAGUGGUUUGAAGCAUUCAGCAACCACCGGUUCGCAGGGAAGUGGCCAAAAUGGUGGGGGUGAACAUUCAUCCUCACGUAGACGGCAUUCUAGGGAUAUUUUCCCUGAACCAUCUGGUGUACAAGAUGUAGAGAGAUUUGACCAGGACUAGAUGAUUAAUGUUCAUUGUUCUCGAUUCUUUAUCAAUAAAAUACAGCAGGCUUAUUUGAGUGCCUGUUGUUGGUACCGCAGCAAGCUCUUCUUGGUUUUGAAGUGAAGUGGUGUUACAAGCAAAUUUUUGUAAAUUGGGGUUGCUGCAUGGUUCACAGCUUUUCUAGAGGGACACUAAUUUAGUUUGAGCCUUGAGGAUGAAUCUGGAUAUAGAAAAUUUGGGAGGUGAGAAGGACUCCGGGGUGCCACAGGCGGAUACAGUUAAUAUUUGUUCGAGGGCUUCUUUAUUGACAGAAGCAUGCUAAAAUUUAUGUGAAAUUGAUUCAUUGUCUUCUUGUUUAGUUUCUGGUCCUGUGAAAUGUAAAUUGCAAUAUUCUUCAUUCAAAUCAGAUCUCACAUUUUGGUUCAGGAAAGCACAGCACCAGAAAAGGCAAUUGAACAGUAUUUCUUUACAUAUACUGACGUUUCAGUUCUUAUUGUUUAUCUUCCAUUACAGUCCAUUUAUAAGAGUUGAAGAUUUCAUGUUAGUCA